AUGGAUCAAAUAAAAUUACCAUCAGGCGACGUGCUGGACAUCGAGAUAUCUGGCGCAAAGGAUGGCUUUCCUCUGGUUUGGCUACACGGCACACCUGGUGCUCGUACCGUCAUUCCAAGUCUAGCACGAGUCUGUGAGGCAAAACGGUUGAAGCUCAUCACCUUCUCCCGAGCUGGGUAUGGUAGCUCUACACGACGAAAGGGACGAAAGAUCGUCGACGAAGCCGCUGUUGUCGAGGCACUGCUAAAGGAGUUGGGACACGAGAAGUGCUAUGUUGGUGGCUGGAGUGGCGGUGGACCGCACGCAUUAGCUUGUGCUGCGAGGCUCAAAGGCUGCGUUGCAGUUCUACACGUAGCAGGUGUUGCACCAUAUGAUGCCGACGGCUUAGACUGGAUGGCUGGGCAAGGUCAGGACAACAUCGACGAAACAAAUGCUUCGUUACAAGGCGAAGACGCAGUCCGCAAAUUCGUGGAGGACCAGCGCAAAGAUAUGCUUACAGCCGACGUCAAAGAUCUGACAGAGAUCAUGGCCACCAUCCUUCCUGAUGUCGACAGAGAAGUACUACUCAAGGACGAUGAGCUUGGGCAGGAGACAGUGGACUCGUUCAAGGAGGGCUUGAAGCACGGCGCUGAUGGUUGGAUCGAUGACGACCUGGCGUUUAUCACGCCGUGGGGCUUUGACGUGAGUGAGGUCAAAUGUCCUGUGUUUCUGUAUCAUGGCGAUGCGGAUCUUAUGGUGCCGUACUCUCACGGGAGAUGGCUCGUGGAGCACAUACCGGAGAAGUACUUAACCAAGCAUUUGCAGCCUGGACAGGGUCAUAUUAGCAUCUUCAUGGGCCAAGCGGACCAGAUGACUGACGAGCUGCUCUCGGUGAAGUACUGA